AUGUAUCCCAACGGCGCCCAGCGCCAUGACCCCUCACGGUCUUUCGCCGUGCCGCCGCCACCACCGCUCCUGUCGCCGCCGAUGCCCGGCCAGACGGGCAACAUGAUGUCCAUCCCACCGCCGCCGCCGCGCUUCCCCUCAGCCCCCGCCAGCACCACAACCGGCGGCGCCAACAUGAUGCUGCCCCCGCCGCCCGGCCCGCCACCGGGACCGGGCCAGACGUCAUGGCACAGCGGCAACUUUGGCCGCAUGUACGACGCCCGCGGCGGCUUCAGCAUGCCACCGCCGCCCCCGGCAUCCGGCCAGCAGCAGCACCAGGCCUACAACCCAAAGUUCCACGCCCAAAUGGCCGCCGCCGGCGCCACCAUGUCGCUCCUGCCGCCGCCGCCCCCCGUGAGCAACGAAAUGUCGGCAACCUACAUCCCCUACGGCGAGACGUACGGCGAGGGCGUCGGCAUCCCGGGGCUCGGCGGCUUCGACGACACGGCGACCUACUCGGCCACGUCGCAGAGCUCGUGGCCCACGACGGCCGACUCGUCGCUCCUGACCAUGACCAACACAACGACGACGCCCUCGGACGACGCCGCCAACAAGUUUGCCCGCGGCAUGUCGACGACGUCGAACCCGACGGCGUCGUCGAGCGUGCCCUUUGACCUCGCCCAGCAGUGGCCCAUGGACAAGGUUCUCUUCUGGCUUGACGCCAACGGUUUCUCCAAGGACUGGCAGGAGACGUUCAAGAGCCUCAAGAUGCACGGCGUCAAGUUCCUCGAGGUCGGUGGCGGCCACGGCGGCCGCGGCAACUUUGGAAUCAUGCACCAGCAGGUCUAUCCGGGCCUCGCCGUCCAGUGCACCAAGAGCGGCACCGGCUGGGACCAGACGCGCGAGCGCGACGAGGGCAAGCGCAUGCGCAAGCUCGUCCGGAGCAUCGUCACCGGCAAGCCCGUCGAUAGCGGCACGCGCGUCUCGUCCUCGUCCCAUGCCCGCAAAGAGUCCCUAAAUUAUGGAAGCAAUAAUCUGCCUAGCGCCGGCACCGACCCGGCCGACUCGCCCAUUAAGAUGCCCGGCCCCGGGUUCGCGUCCCGUCGCUUCUCCAACCACAGGGCCACCACCAUGCCCACCCUCAACAACGGCACCAUGUCCUCCGACUCGAACCACAGGACCCUCCUCAAGAGCGCCGACAGCGACAGCCUCCGCCGCCACAGCCCCAGCUCCACCGACGCCGAGCGCCGCACCGACAGCCCCCUCGAGAGCCCCAACCCGCACCCGCAGCCCCAGCCUCUCUUCGCCCAGUCGACAGGCGCCCUCUCGGCCUCGCCACGGACCACGAAAUUCGGCCACCGCUACCGCAACAGCACCGACUCGGUCUCGUCGAACCUCGCCAUCUAUGGCUCUGGCGUGCCGCCCGGCGCGAGCCAGCUGCUGCGGAGUGGCAACCUCAACGAGAUAAUCUCCACGAGCCCGCGGGACGGCCCCAACGGCGGCGGCAGCCGUCCCUCGCCGCAGGACUCGGGCUCCGAGCCCCCUUCGGCCAAGGACCCCAAGAGCAAGUUCAGCUUCCUGUCGCGCAAGAAGAAGCAGCAGCAGCGCGACGACGGCACGCUCGCCAGCGCCCACGACGACUUUGAGUCGCCCACGUCGCCCAACUACCUCUUCAAGGUCAACUCGUUUGGCUCCAAGAGCGGCAACGCCAGCGACGGGUCGCCCGACCUCAGCCUGCACCCGCCUUCGAGCUUCGGCCUGCCCGACAUGACGACGUACGAGACCCAGGCCCAGUCGCCGCGGCAGAGAAUCUUUGUCCUCGCCACCAUGGACGGCUGGAACUACCGCAUGUGCGACAUUACCGACGGCGAGACCCCGACGGAGCUGCGCCAGAUCAUCUGCGCUGGCCUCGGCCUCAUGGACGCCCAGACGACGCAGCUGUACACGACCGAGCUUGGCGUCUUCAACCACGACGAGCCGCUCGACGACCAGCGACUGCUUACCCAGAAACAGCACAAGGCCGACGCCGUCGGCACCCUCAAGCUCUUUGUCCGGCCCUCGGGCUACAUUGCCCAGGGGCCCAUCGACCCCAACGGCGUCCCGGCGUCGCUCGCGCCCGGCACGCCCAUGGACACGACGUCGUCAUCGGGGACGCACGACCGCCUGAACGGCCCGCGCACGCGCUCGUCGUCGUCGCCGCCGACGUCGCGCCAGAACACGGUCAGCGGUGAGCGGCCCGACGGCAAAGCUCUCGCGCAGGAGGCCAGCGAGUACCGCGCCGAGAUGGAGCGCAAGCAGAGGGAGUAUCUCGCCAAGCGCCGCCAGGUGGCUGCCAUGAAGGACAACCCGUCGCCCGACACGGGCACUGCCGGCGGCUACUACGGCAUUGCGGGUCGUAGCGUUGACUUUGACCAGCCGCGCAACUCGCCGUUCGAGGAGAAGAAGCCCGACCAGCUCUUCCCCGCCCGCAAGCCGCCCGCCCCGCCGAGCGACCCCUCGGCGACCCUCAUCAAGGCCAACUCGCUGAGCAAGAAGACGGGCCACCAGCUGCGCACGUCAACGGGGUCCGACGCCUACCACCACGCCCGCAGGCCGUCGACGCUGGUCGAGGAGGGGCCCGGCGCGCACGAAAUGUCCGAAAAGGGGAAGAAGAAACCGCCGAGCCCCGCCAUGGGCGGCAUCGGCGCGGCGCUGGCGUCCAUGGGGCGUGGCCUCGGCGCCAUCGGCGCCAACGGCCGGUCGCUCGCGUCGCCGAACCGCGCCGACGGCAGCAGCGGCAACAAAUCUGCAGAACGAGGUAAGGGAGCCAUGUCCUCGGUCAACUUUGGUCAAUCCGGGUCGGGGUCGAAGCAGUCCGCGCGCGUCGUCGGCCUCACCGGGCUCCCUGACCUGGAGCCGGCGGCAACAUGCCCUUCGUCGUGCCGGACUAUUCGCCCGGGCGGGACGCCUUCUGACAACCUUCAGACUGACACAGCCGCCCAAGGACGCCUGCCGUCCCUCGACCACGUCAGCCCGAGCUCGACGCCCGUGCCCGAUGCCUCUUCGGUGCACCGACGCAAGUCGCACGGACCAGACUUUGACUUUGAAGACACGGACGUCAACACGUGGGCGCCCGCGCCCAAGGCACCGCCCGCGGCGGCGGCCGUGGAUGACGAUUCCGGGGACGAUUCGGACGAUGGGCUCUUUGCGAUUCCGAUUGCCAAGAAGCAGGCGGCUGCGGCGGCGACGCGUGUGUUUGACGGGGGUGACGGUUCAGAUGACGCCAUGUCGAGGAGGCCGACGCUCACGGUGAACACGAGGGCCAAGAAGGGUCUAUCCGUGGCCUUCACGUCACCCAAGUCUCUGAGCAGCGCAGGUGCAGGCCGUCACGGGGACGAGGAGGACGAGCUGCCGAGCGCGCGAAGCGGGCGCAGUUCGAAGCGCACGCCCAACACGCCGGCGAGCGACAGCUGGGGCUCAGAGGACGGCAAGCUCAGCAGGCGCAAGUCGUUCGUUGAGAAGGACGUGUGGGCGAACCGUCCAACGGCCGAGGCGCUCAUCAACAACCUCGACGACUUCUUCCCGAACCUGGAUCUCGAUCUCCCCGUUCUCGAGGAGGGCGCUGCAGGCGCCGCCGGCAGCAGUAGCGAGGACGCGUCUCUACCGUCGCCAGGUAGCGAGGUGGGACGUAACCUCGGUCACAGCCAGAACCAGAACCAGCACCAGAACCAGAGGGCGCGAGCAGGUUCGCAAAACACGCAGGCGCCGCCCAACAUACCGGCGGCACUGCCGUCUUCACGCGUUUCGUCCAUCUACAACGAAAACGACACGCUGGGUUCGGACGAAUCGACACUCAAGGCGCUCGAGAGGCCGGCGUCGACCGUCUCAAGCGUUGCGCAGAGAAGCAUGCGGCGCUCGGGCGGACUCGGACGGAUGAAGUCGAUCCGUGAGGUCGCGCGCGGCGCGCACGAGGCGAACAAGCGCUACACAACCACGUCGCAGGCGAGCACGGGCGGCGGGCUCGACAGCUCGGCGCUGAUGCGUCGCAAGAGCACCAAAAUGUUCAACGCCAACAUUGUGCAGAUCCGGCCGGACCAACGGGGCAGCGUGGCCAUGCCGCAGAUUCCGCAGGACACGCUGCCGAAGCGGCAGACGACGUUCCGGUGGUUCAAGGGUCAGCUCAUCGGCAAGGGCACCUACGGGCGUGUGUACCUGGGCAUGAACGCCACGACGGGUGAGUUCCUCGCAGUCAAGGAGGUCGAGGUCAAUCCCAAGGCGGCAGGCGGCGACAAGAACAAGAUGAAGGAGCUCGUGGCCGCGCUAGACCAGGAGAUCGAGACGAUGCAGCACCUGGAUCACGACAACAUCGUGCAGUACCUGGGCUGCGAGCGCAAGGAAACAUCCAUCAGCAUCUUCCUCGAGUACAUUUCUGGUGGCAGCAUCGGAUCGUGUCUGCGGAAGCACGGCAGUUUCGGCGAGUCGGUCGUGUCCUCGCUGACGGGGCAGAUCCUCAACGGCCUGGCGUACCUGCACCGUGAGGGUAUCCUGCACCGCGAUCUGAAGGCAGACAAUAUCCUCCUCGACCUUGAUGGCACGUGUAAGAUUUCGGACUUUGGCAUCUCUAAGAAGACGGACAACAUCUAUGGUAACGACAAGAGCAACAACAUGCAGGGGUCGGUUUUCUGGAUGGCGCCUGAGGUGAUCCGUUCCGAGGGAACGGGAUACUCGGCCAAGGUAGACAUUUGGAGUCUGGGCUGUGUAGUGCUCGAAAUGUUCGCCGGUCGCAGGCCAUGGAGCAAGGAGGAAGCCGUAGGCGCCAUUUACAAGAUCGCCAACGGCGAGACGCCGCCCAUCCCGGACGAGGUCAGGGAGACGAUCAGCCCGCUGGCCAUUGCGUUCAUGCUGGACUGCUUCACUGUGAACCCCCACGAGAGGCCUACGGCAGAUGUGCUGCUCUCGCAGCAUCCCUUCUGCGAGCUGGAUCCAGGAUACAACUUUUUCGACACGGAGCUGUACGCGAAGAUUCGGGGCAAGGAGUUUUGA